UCCAUGAUUGUACGAAUGUUUGUUAAGGUUAUCCAUGAUUGUACGAAUGACUCUGGAGCUCUGAAAUAUCAGCAUGGCAUCAUUCUAAGGAAUAUUUUUGAUACACAGAGUGUUCAUCGAGUUCUGCAGAUGCAGACACGAAAUAUCCCCGUCUACCUCACACAGCUCAUCUCAUUCAACAAUCUCUGCAAAGAGUACAAAGCUCCGAUUAACAAUGCCAAAGAUGAGAUGAAGAAGAUAUAUAUCCGUGAUAACAAGUUCUGGGCCCGACGUCCACUAUCCGAUGAGAUGAUUUACUAUGCAGCAUCUGAUGUUCUUCCUUUAGUUCCGGCACUUCAUCAAUCAUUGAAUAGUGAACUAAGAGAAGAGUACAGCAGCUUAUUUCUUGAACUAGUUGAAGAGCAAAUAUAUUCACAUUUUCUCCAGCUCAACCCUAACCUAGCGGACAGGAAGAAGAAGAGAGAACAACCUAGAGUAGAGAUAAGGGUUCUUCUCUCUUCUAAGAUGGUUGGGUACAGUGGAAAAUGUUGUAUCAGAACUAAAGAUUUACAAGAGAGAUUCACGUGCUUGGUAUCACUACCGACUUGUGGAGGUGGGGAUCGUGUACUAGGAUUGAAGGGUGAGGAUCAAGAACCAAUGCUUGAAUGUCUAGAGGCAGCUCUACUUAAUAUUGAAGAGGAAAAAUCUCAACCCAGAGAUAUCCGGUUACUGAUACCCAACUAUAUUAUUGAGAGUGAGUUCGGAGCUUCUAAAGAGAAAGUUCAGGAUUUGCUUCAGGGAACAGAUGUUAAAAUUGAGAUUUCUGCCGAGUGUGCUCCACUGUCUACUGAGAGAGUAGUUCAAGUGGUUGGUCUACUUGAAGAUGUAAUGGCCGCGGCUAAACUUAUUUAUGACAAGGUUCAAACCUGCAGCUUAAAGAGUAAACAGUCUAAGUACUCUGCCAAGAACUACGAUGCAUCAAGGUGUGCUGAAUAUCUAGGCUGGGUUCAAGACAAGGAGGAUGAAGGGAGGGGGGAAAGGAGGGGAGGGGAUGGAAGAGGAAGACGAGGAGGGGGUCGAGGACAAAGAAGAGGAGGGUCUGGACGAGGAGAAAGAGGUUCAUUCCGAGGAAAUAGAGAUUCCUAUAGAGGAGGAGCAGGAGGUGGAGGAGGUGGUUCAGGUAGAGGGUACAGAGGGCCUGAUACAGGAAGUAAACAUGAGAACGGAAAUGGUGGAUCAUAUGAUCAGGAAAAGAGCAAUGAUGCCACAGAAAUCAAUGAGGUGUUUGAAACCCAGACUUCUGUAAAACAGCAUGAACAGGUGGAAAAACAUAGCAAUGAUGACACAGAAAUCAAUGAAGUGAUUGAAACUCAGAAUUCUGGAAAACAGGUGGGAAAACAGAGCAAUGAUGACACGAAAAUCAAUGAGGUGAUUGAAACGCAGAAUUCUGUAAAACAGCAUGAACAGGUGGAAAAACAGAGCUUUCAUUCUGACGAAAAGCCUUUAAAACACAGUGAUAAAAAACAGGAUUGUCAGAAAAUUUCAAAUCUAGAAGUUCUUGACAAUUUUCCAGUGAUCAAGAAGGAGACCAUUGAAGAUUUAGAAAAGAUUGAACAAUUUCCUGAAGAGAAGAGCAUCAAUGAUUCUAUGAUGUCUUGGGUGGAUGUUAAUUCUGAAACGGAGAAUCCUAUGAUUCAAUGCGACCAUGUGGAAAUCAAUCCGAGCAGAAAAAGUGUUGCUUGGAAGUGGACCAAGCGACGAAGUUGUGCUGUAGGCAGAGGAGUGAAGAGAAGAUUCGAUGAGGUUGAUUGGAGAGGGGUGAGAGGAGGAGUGUGGAAGGGAACGAGGAGAACGGUUGGGUUUACUCUCAGUGCAGCAAGGCUUGCCUUGGUUGGUGGCUGGAAACUAACGAAAGGUUCUUUCAAGUUAAUUAAGUUUCUCUUUUCUGAAAGCAAUAAAGAAAAUGCGAGAACUAGUCAGAGGAAUGGCGGGAGUAGAAGCAGAAAUAACAAGAGAAGAACCAAUCUAUCCAGAAACAAAAAUGGAAGGGAAUUAAACGGAAUCAAAAAGAAGAAAAGCACAAAUAGGAAUGUAAAAAAUCCUGGUAUGAUGGAAGGUGAAAAGGGAAAUGGCAGAAAAGAUACUGAUAAGAGGCUAAACCAGAACAUAGGAAAUGGAGAAAGCAAAAGAAAUGGUCGGAAAGAAGGAUCAAGAGCUGGACCUGGACUUGGUGGGAAACCUCCUGGAAAGAAAGUCCCCGUAGGAGAAGGAUCAAGAGAUGGACCUGGACCUUGUGGGAAACCGCCUGGAAAGAAAGUCCCCGUAGGAGAAGGAUCAAGAGCUGGACCUGGACUUGGUGGGAAACUUCCUGGAAAGAAAGACCCCGUAGGAGAAGGAUCAAGAGCUGGACUUGUACCAGCUGGUAAACCUCCUGGUCAGAAAGUCCCUGUCGGAGAAGGACCUAGUGUGAUGAACCAAGUUGAAAAAACCAGUUUAAAACCUAAAUAUGACUCCUCAAUACUUCAAUCCAAUGGUUUUCAGUUUAAUUUCUCAGAAAGUCCCCCUUUUUUUACUUCAGAGCUUCAUUUUAACUCGGCUCAAUGUUAUAUGAGAAGUAUUUAAAAAUGCCUCUAUUAAAGCUGAAUUUAUGCAACUAUUUUUUUAAACCAAUUUUCUUGAUUUGAGUAAAACUGACUUAUCAAGCUUCUAAAUAUACAUCAUAGGUCGAAGUAUUGGGUGUCUAGGAAUUAAAGCUUGAGAAAUUCUCAAGAUUAUCAAUGAUAAAAAUGGUGCUAAAAACACAUUACCCAUCAAAAUAAUGUAACGUAAUGUUUAUGUAACUUCUUGAAAUCCUCCUUUUUUAACUUCCUUCGCACAGAUGUUUAUUUAAAACGAUUAACCUUUUUGAAAACAGCUGUAUGACCAGUACUAUUCAAAACUUACCCGUGUUUAAUGUUCAUGAUCAAUAUAAAAGCUGUUUUAUCCCCAUUCAUUGCCAAUAAGACAUAACUAAAUUAAUAGAUUGAUUGAUAAUAAUAAUGAAAAUCCUUAGAGUCAGACACAUAAAACUGUUCAAUAGGAAGACGACAUUUAAGCAAUAAUAUUGGUAUUUUAUGUCGUAAUAUAGGAUAAAACAUUUAGCUUGGAAAUUAAAUGAACGGGUAAAACUGGUCUGUUGAUACUGCACAAUUUUUCUAUUCCAUGUUCAUUGUUCAUUGGUCUAUUUAAAAUCUACACUAAAGUCUAGCAGUCGUUGUCCUGUUCCACAGGUUUAUGGGUCCCCCGCCGGGUUUUGCAUAUUCAAUGCAAGAAAGAAAUUAUCCAAGUGAUAAUUAUCUGUGAUAUAAUCACCUUUGAUUCGCCCCAACGUGAUUUUUGUUUCUAUUAUGCGACCUAUGAUGAUUAGUGAUUAUUUUCAGA